AUGGUCGACCUCCGUCAGGAUUGGCUCUAUGACCAAGGAGCACCUAGAACCAACACAUCGCCGUCCGGGUUAUCUGGCGGAUGGAGCUCGACGAACCUGGACACUUUCCUUGGAGAAUUGAGCUUUUGCCAGGGCGACUUAUGCGCGGGAACAACAACACAGGCCCAGUCAUGGAAUGCCGAAGAAGACGGAAGUGUCAAUCGGACGGUGGCCUUGGAAUGGGCUUUGGCUCUGAUAAUUGUUGAUGCCCUCUCACGUACUGGCAGCGGAUAUAUCGUGGAUAUCAACGACGGGCCAAUCUCUUCCUCUUGGACGAUCCGAGGAUACGAGAGAGUUCCUGACUUUCAGAAAGAGCUCCUAGGUGGCGGAGAUGCUCUAAAGCGUCCUGAAGCCACCACUCCUACGACGGAAGGACGCAUCGAUAUAACUAUAGGAGGAUACUCGUAUCGCGCAAGUUCUUUGACGGACUACCUCUCCAUCGCACUGUUCUUGACCCAUAUAGUUCUGGCAUCGUGCCAUGUGAUCUUCAUGGUCGGAAAGGGCCAGUCGUCGUCCGCAUGGGACUCGAUUUCCGAGCUGCUCGUACUAGCCCAGAAUUCUCGACCACCCACAAAGGCGUUGAGAAACACCAACGCCGGUAUCCAGCGACUAAACACCUAUUCUCAGAUUGCCCGACUCUACGUGGUCAAAAUCAAACCAUCGACCAGUUGCCAACAAAACGAGGAUGAUGAUAAUAAUAACGUUAGCAAUGUCGAGCUCAUAUUUGAUGAAGAAAUGGAUGACGAAAACCCUGUCGGAUCACAGUUUCAGCGAAGAAAGCGUUCGUCACACAACACCCACCACUCCUCCUCCCCCUCUCAUUCGACCCAGCUAACAUCUAGGGUACGAGAAGAUGACGGAAGAUUCGUCCCUGUUGUCCCUCCUACACAAGGGCCGAGGAAGGCUCACGUUCCAGAUCGUGAUCAGGGGGGUUGUAAAUGCGCAGAGGCUACUGGUGUCACUCUCGACUACAGUAACAUGGAGACGUUGACCAAAGUCCAAGCUGACGUGAAGUAUGGAGAUCCUCCUCCCUGGACUCCUCAGAAGAGGCGCCCAUCUAUUGACCGAAUGACUAUCUAG